AUGGAAACAUUAGCAACAGCAGAACUGGCAUCACAAAGUGAUGUAGAAGUCGAACAUCCUAGUAGCGUAGAAGCUACACCGACAAAAAGGGUAUAUAAGUCUAGAAAACAUGUUCAGGAAAGUACCUUAUCUUUACAAAACAAAGUAAACUUACGUCAGAAGAUAAGGAAAGGUACUCCAUAUGGUCAGGAAAUGCCAAAAAAUGAAAAACCAAUAAGAAAAAGAGCUCUUGAAAAUUUAUCAUGUCCUAAACGCUUCAAGCAUUUUCUAAACCAACCUCAUUUGCCAACGUGCAAAAGAUGGGACGUUAAUAAGAAAGUACCUGUAGACAAAAUAAACCAUCUCGGUUUUAAUAUAUAG